AUGCGCUCUGUUGUAACGGCUGAUGCCGAGAUUGGGGCAGGCAACUGGAUAAUGAAUCAACUGGUAGCAAUUGAUGUCCCGCUGUGGGAAUUGAAUCAGAAAUUAGCCUUGCCUUAUCCCAAUCACGGCAAUCCUCACGAUAGUCUCGACAAUGGCCUCACUGCUUUGUGGACCCAGUCUGCAGAGAACGUCAUGCAGAUCCACGCCAAGGUUGAACCUUGCUUUCAGUAUACGAUUAUCUACAACAAAAAGAUCGAUCAGAGCCAGGUCGAGAAAAGAUUCACCGCCUUAUGCAAAGAGGAUGUCCGCUAG